AUGGCCUCCACCGACGAGCGACAGAUGAAGCCAGAGCCGAUGCGCCUGGUACUGCUCGAACAAUUGCCUUUACAGAGCCCAGGCACCAAGAUCCGCUUCCUCGGAUGCGUACACGAGUACCAGGGCAAAAACGCUACACUCGUCUUGAAAGAAUCCUGCCCAGCAUCGACUGGCACGCCAAAAGUCUUGGUCAAUAUCACCAACGUGCUGGAGUCUGUCAAUCACGAACUCCUGCAAGUCGGAGCAUGGCUUAACAUUGUUGGAUAUGUCACAAAAGCCGCAAAGACGGUGAAGUCGUCUUCCUCGAAACGCGUGAGGUCAACGCGUCAGAAGCCUCCGGUCGUCGAUGCUCUGAUGCUCUGGUCUGCAGGAGCCAUCAAACUGCAGGAAUACAAAGCAAGCGCUCGCAGCUACCAAGACACGGCUUUGCAAACUGGUUGA